AUGGAGGCGCAGGCACAAGAUAUUCGCCCCCUCAUCCCCACCCUCACCCAGCUUCCCGAACCGCGCUGGUGCCCAAAAGACUUGUUGUGCAAGGAGCAGCGCGACGCCUCUCCCCUCGGCGGCGGGCUCGCGGCCGGCCGCUCCCCAGGGCGGGCUGAGCUCGGCGCGCGCCUCGCAGCCGGCCGCGCGGGGACCUGCCUGCCGAGGCGAGGAGAGCGCUGCCCGCCCGCGGAUCUCCAGCAAAUCGACACCUGUGUCCACGGUCGGGAGGCGACCUCUGCCUCCCAGGCGCGCGGGGCGCCCGGCCGCGGGCGGGUCGCCUGCUGGAGGAGCCCGCGGCAGCUUCACAAAGGGCAGCCUCGUGUCUUGGGGUACAUUCGGACCGGCGGUUUGUUGGCGCGUGAACCACUGCAAGGACGAGAUGAAGACACAGUAGCCAGUGCUGACUUCUCCAGCACGCUCUCUGAGGAGGAAAAAGAAGAGUUGAAGGCGGAGUUAGUUCAGCUCGAAGACGAAAUUACAACAUUAAGACAAGUUUUAUCAGCAAAAGAGAGGCAUCUGGUUGAGAUAAAACAAAAACUGGGCAUGAACCUGAUGAACGAAUUAAAACAGAACUUCAGCAAAAGCUGGCAUGACAUGCAGACCACUACUGCCUACAAGAAAACACAUGAAACUCUGAGUCACGCUGGGCAGAAGGCAACUGCAGCUUUCAGCAACGUUGGGACGGCCAUCAGCAGGAAGUUUGGGGACAUGAGAUCUCACUCCAUCGGCUACUCCAUUCGCCAUUCCAUAAGUAUGCCUGCUAUGAGGAAUUCUCCUACUUUCAAAUCAUUUGAGGAGAGGGUUGAGACAACUGUCACAAGCCUUAAGACGAAAGUAGGCGGGACGAACCACGGCGGAGGCAGCUUUGAGGAGGUGCUCAGCUCCGCGGCCCAGGCCAGCGCGCAGAGCGCAGAGGGCGGCCCCCGGCGGGCCCAGGACGGGGAGCUGCAGUGCUAGGGCCGCCCGCGGCGCACACCCGGAGAGGAAGACCAAAAUCCCACUGGGAAAAACACAGGCCUUGACCUUGUUCUUCAAAUGGCCUCACCCAAAGUUUAAUAGAAUGAUUUCCAUUUGUAUUUGUGUUGAUGAUGAACCACUUGACCAUCACACCUCAUUGACUGUCGUCUUUUAAAAUGCCCCCUCUUAAGCAGGUACGGUGGUUGGUCAUAACCCUUAUCUUUGUGUAAUUCAAGAUGUGUUUUCCCAUCGUAGCUACUAUUUGCUUUAUUUGCUUAGACCCCUUUAAGAUAUGCAUGUCUUUGAAGGCUAAGUGAACACCCCCUUUUAGUUUAGUGGGAUCAAGGAGCUCUUUCUGACAGCCUCCAGCAAUGGGUUGACCUGCUGCAAAUUCCAUCCAACUGCUUGUAAUCACUCUUACCUCUAUUAAUGUAUGUUUAUUUAAGCAAUUAAAAUAAUGGAUUUUAAA